AUGAAAAUUUUAAUAGUUAAUGGGUAUGGAAAAUGUAUCAAAGGAUUUAGGAGUUAAGAACAUUACAAACAAAUUAUUAAAGAAGUGUUAACAGGUAAGAAAGAGAUGAUAGAUACAGAAUUAGAAUUCUUCUUUGCUGAUCGAGAUUCAAUAGAUGACUUUCUUUAUGAAAUAGACAGUUCUUUUGUGAGAGUUGAAUGUGGAAAGAUGUUCGAUUCUAUCGAUUUAAUCUUUUUUGAAGGAGACGCAAAUCUUAGACCUUGGUCUCCUAAUGCUUACAAGUUCUUGAUUUUAUUAAGGAUGUGCAUGCGAAGCAAUAAGAUUCUAUUUGCCUCAUCAUUUGCCAUGUAAGGCUUAGUCUUUUUGAUUGCAUCUAAUGUUGAAUGUUAAUUCUCAGUGAUUAAUGGACUUAAUGGUGGAUAAUUGGGAGACCUCUCUAAAAUCAAGAAACCUCUUAAUGAAAUCAGAAUGAGUGAUUUCUUUCUUGAUAAUGUAACUGGUGAUUUAUACAGUUUUAAUUAUGAUACUGAAGAAUGGGUCAGCAAGGGAAAUGCUGGUGUACACAGUAGAAGGGCUGCUGAAGAAUUUAAAACCAUUGGCAAGUAUAUUGUUAAGGCUCCACAAUACAAGGUAUCGAGAAUGAAAGAAAUCGAUUAACUUUAUGUUUCCAAAGAAAAUGAGAUCGUUUGCUCUUUGAGAAAGAAUUCCAUGCAUAAUUAUCUAUUUAAUAGUUUGCCUUUUGAAUUUGUGGUUCCAUUUAAGAAUUCAUGGGAUGUUCAUCCGUUUAAUUUUGUGAAUCCGAAGAAGACAUUCCAAACUUUGGCUGAUUGUGAAAAAGGACCUCUCAUAAUCUAAGUUUCAGAUAAUAUAAUAGCUACUCAAUUCGCUCUACGCUCUAAAUACAAGGAAACAGUUCAAAUUCUCCGUAAUUUUAUGGGAUAUUAACUAACCAAAUUAUGUUCUGGGAGGGCGUAAACGAUUCCAAUUGAAAUUGCUUCUAUUAAAUAGAAUGACAAUGCUAUGGAUAUUUAUUUAGAACAUUUAGGCCGUAGUAAAUAUAACAACUAAAAGACAAUCAAAUUUAAUGUUAUUACAGAAUUUCAUCAUGCAGGGUUUGCUGCUAAGAAAUCCAAUCAAUUAGAUGUUGUAGUGAAUAAUGCGAUUGGAAAAAAGAAAUUUAAAUAAACAACUUAGAAAUUGAAUCCAAAAGAUUUAGACAGAUUAUUAGAUUAAAAUUCUUCGCUUUCAAAUCAACCAUUUCAGGCUGAUUAAGAUCGAUAGCCAAGCACAUAUAGCGCAUAACCACAACAUAAUUUUGAAGAAUAAACUCUAAUAUUCAAUAAAACAGGUGCCGAGAUUAUUUAAUUUCUCCAUCCAACUAUUGAUAAGAACAUUUUUCCUGAUGCAAGACCACUUUGGGUUCCUGGUUAUUUGUCUCAAAGUCGAUAACUUAAAAAAUAUUUGAAAUAAACUCAGAAUACAAUUAGUGAAGAGGGUUAAUCGACUCCUUUCUUAACAGAGCAAAAGUAGAUUACUACUCCCAGGAUACCAAGGACUGCUUCAUAACCUCAUUUUAGAGUGAUUUAAAAAGAUAAAUGGAUAACAAAUAAGAAUUUCAAAGUGUGAAUAUAAAUUUAUGUAUUUUAUGAAUUUUUGAUUUAUUAAGUAA